AUGACGCCAGCUUUUAACGCAAGUCCAGCGUCAACGUUCAACGUAAGCGUCACACCCUUACCGUCUGCGCGCUGCAUGGAAAUCCUUAACAGUUCCUCGGGACGCCCACCGAUGUAUAAGCCAAUGGAGCGAUAUAUAAUAUCGGCCGUUUUGUUCCCAUUUCCGUGUUUAACUAUUUUGGGGAACGUCAUGGUUAUCGUAGCCGUGUUAACACAUAAACGUUUGCAGACCGUGACUAACGCUUUCGUUGUCUCGCUCGCUAUUGCCGAUAUCAUGGUUGCCAUAUUAGUGAUGCCUUUUGGAAUUUAUCAACAGUUAAAUAAUAAAAACUGGCAAUUAAGUCGAACGUGGUGUCUCAUUACCGUCUGUUUUGACGUCAUGUUUACUACAACGUCCAUUUUUAAUCUUUCAUGUUUAGCCAUAGACCGCUAUCUCGCCAUAUGUCGGCCAUUUACUCACGAACUAUUGACUCGGCGUAAGGUGAUAUUAAUGUUAUUGUUUUGUUGGAGUGUGCCGAUACUAAUUUCAUUCGUGCCUAUAUUGUUAGAAUGGAAUCAUAUUGGAAUAGAGGAUUACGUGAACUGCGCCUUUCCACCGGAUGAUCCUUCCCAGUGCACUUUUAUCGUCAACAAAGAAUUCGCGCUUAUAUGCUCUUCCAUAGCUUUCUACGUUCCGACUGUUUUCAUUGUAAUAUGCAACGUGUAUAUAUUCCGAACCGCCAGAAAGCAAGCGAUGCAGAUCAGAAGUUUGGAAGUAACCGCGCAUAGACACAAUCGGAAGGGAAAUUUAAAGCACGAGACCAAAGCCGCUAAGACGAUCGGAAUCAUUAUGAGCUGCUUCUUGAUCUGUUGGCUCCCUUUCUUUAUCAUGAACAUAAUCGAUCCGUUCAUUGGCUACACAAUCCCCUACAAUAUUUGGGCCGUAGCACUGUGGUUAGGCUACAUCAAUUCCAUGUUAAAUCCGUUCCUAUAUUACAUUUUCAACAGACAUUACAGGAUGGCGUUCAGACGCCUGCUGUCAUGCAAAGUUUGCCGUGGCAUCAGCGAGUUCCAGGAUGACGUCGUUCCCAGUACGCUAUGCGCGGAAAUGUCCCAUUCGGCGACCGCCAAUUUUACUCAAACCUGCACAACGGAUGACAUUCCAUACCACACAGCCACUUAA